CGGGCGAGGGUGGGCCCGGCAAUGGAAUUUGACCCUCUGACGCACCCUCGAUCGAUUCAAUCAUCCCACCGAGUCCCCGAGCUUUCGCACUCUCUCAUCGCCAGAGGUGGAAGCGCACGCAGGGUUUGCCCCCCAGGGGAGGGCACGGCCCGGCUGCGGCUCUCGGGGAGCAGCAGGCAGGGCUGGGCGCUGUGAGCCCGCCGGCCACACGCAAAUCCCGCCACAGGGCGAGCUGCGAACCCGCGGCGGCUGAGGUGGAGCAGGAGUCACUCAGGGGCUGAGUCACGAUUGGCUUUGCCCGCGGCAUGACAUCUAAGGAUGCAUCAGGUGAAGCUAAUAAUAACUGGAGAUGACUUCGGCUAUUGUCCUCGGAGAAACCAAGGCAUUGUGGACUGUUUCCUGGCUGGUGCCGUAUCUAACGUGUCCCUUCUAGUCAACGGAAGUGCUGCAGCAGAUGCAGCCAAGCUGGCAAGGAGAUACAACAUCCCAAUAGGCCUGCAUGCCAACCUCUCCGAGGGCUCCCCUGUGUGUGAGGUGCUCAAGACAAACUCUUCUCUGCUCAACCAGGAUGGAUUCUUCCAUGGAAAAAUGGGAUUCAGAACAGCUCUAUCAAAAGGUCUCCUGAAAAUGUCAGAGGUGAAGCAGGAGCUCAAGGCCCAGGUGGAGCUGUUCCGUGAGCUGACAGGUCACCUACCUCCCCACAUGGAUGGGCACCAGCACGUCCACGUUCUCCCAGAGGUCAGGAAUGUGUUUGCAGAGGUGUUAGAGGAGUAUGGGAUUAAGUACACACGUGUCCCCAUAGAGCCAGGCCUUCAUAACUGUGACUGGAUUCCACCAUCCCUGAUGGACUUUUACCUGGGAGUAGAAGAAGAUUCUUUUAACACAGUGGAUGUGUUUACAAAGCAUGGAAUAAGGUGGGCAGACAUUUACAUAGGCCUGAGCACCAUGGGCAGGAGCAUGUCUGUCAGCAGCAUCCAGAGUGCCAUCGACAGCGCCGUGCUGCAGCGCCCGCCCAGGGCAGCCCAGAGCGGCACCGUCACCAUCGAGCUGAUGGUGCACCCCGGGUACCCCAGUGUCCCUCCUGUUGGGGGCUGUGGGGAAGGACCAGAUGAUUUCUCACAGUCCUGGGAACGCCUCCAUGAACUCCAGACAUUAAUUAAGCCAGAGCUGCAGAGCCAUUACAAAAGCAGGAACAUUCAGCUGUGUUCAUUCAAAGAUCUUUAAAUAAAUGAGCAGACAUCCAUCCAUCCAUCCAUCCUACACCCAUCCUCUGAAGACAGGCAGUUUCUAAUGUCUAGAGAAGCCAGAUCACUGUUAUCAGUGUCACAGUCCCUGGUACAGCUCACAGGAGCUGUGAACAGCCUGGCAAUGGACACCACCCCCCUGUGAGCAGCUCCAGGCAGUACCCCAGAGCCCCAGCUGCCAGUUUUAAGGCCACAACAUCUGCUCAAAGUGUGCCAAACGCCUUCUGUGACACCCCCUGCACAGUGCCCCAGUGCAGCACAGGCUCCCAGGGCUCAGCUCCUGCCAGCAAAGGAGCAGCACGGGGGCAGACUUGGCUGUGACACUGCAGCACAGCCCCCUGAGGGGUCUGAUUACUUCUUUCAGACUUGAUGGCAAAACGAGAACCCUGCUGGGGAGUGGGUGCUGCUUUGGCUCACCCACUCAGUGCAGGUCACCCACAGGAGGCCUGGCCACCUUCAGCAUUUGGCUUUCUGAGAGCAGCCAGUCCCUGCCCCGCCUCGUAGCUGCUCACUGAUGGCGAGGGGUGCAGGGACACGUCACCCUCAGAGCCUUCCUCUGCCCGGAGCACUCGGCUCACACUCAGACCCUGUGGGGUCUGCAGCCGCUCAGCUGCAGGAUUUGUGUCUGCUGCUCUCGUUGCCUCUUGGUGUUAAGCCCCCCCAGGAAAGUAACAUCAGCUGUAGCCCUUUUGGAGAGGCUUCUUAUUUUUUGGAUGACUUUGCAGGAGCAGCAACUGUUGACCCAUCUGCUAUUUCAGUAACUGCUGUGUGUGAGAGCAGCAGCAACUGGUCCUGCACCACCCACUGCCCCUCAGGACAGCCAUGAGCUGUGCCAGCCACGAGCAUGGCUGUGGCUCAGAAGGUCCCUGUAUUUGUCCCUUUUGUUCCUGUCACCAGAGCAUUCAAACUCCAGCAAGCCCCAGUAGAGCUGGUAUGUUCUUAACUGCAGCCCUGUUGUUCCUGUAAGGACUUUCACGUGGGGAAAUAUUCUUUGCACAAGAGUGAUCUAUUUAACAUAAUUGGUUUUGUUAACCAUAUUUUUAAUAUAAAAAUUAUUAGUAUCAUCAUUAUUCUUUUAAAUGAAAAAUAAACUGAGAUAUUUUCUAUUGCAAAGCUUCAGGAGGCUUUUGGGUUU